UAUAAGUAUUAUGUUCAAGACGUACCAGCAAGCACCUGGAUAAGACGUUCAUCUUCUACACAAUAUGCUUUACUCAGCAAUGAGCAUACCCCUAUUGUUGAUACGUAUGUGGUUUUAAAAAAGAUAUGGAAAUUGGGUUUGAGCAUUUGCUACAAUUUUUUAGUCACUAUGUCCGUUUACCCAGCAGUUACUGUAUUGAUAACUUCAGUAAACAAAGAACACAGUGCCUGGACAGAUACAUAUUUUUUGCCAGUGAUAGUUUAUUUACUUUUCAGUACAUGUGAUUUCUUAGGGAGAGUAAUGUCAAACCUUAUACAACUGCCAGUAAAUAGUAUUUGGCCAGCUACAGUAUUAUCUGCUUUGAGAACUAUUUUUAUUCCCUUGAUGAUGGUCUGUAAUGCUAAGCCUCGGUAUUAUUUACCUGUCUUAAUAAACAAUGAUCAGUUAUAUGCUGUUAUUAUGUCUAUCUUUGGUUUUACUAAUGGUAUAGUUUCUAACAUCACAAUGGCUUCUAUUCCCUACUUUGUUGACAAGCAUGAACAGGAAGUGGCAAGUUCAUUGAUGAUUACAUUCCUUGGUAUUGGCAUUUCUACAGGUUCAUUAAUUAGUUUUGGCAUGGUUAAUUUACUGUAA